AAAAUUCUUCUCCUCAUUUUCAUUUCUUUUCUUGAUUUCACCCUUUUUUGGGUUACAAAUUGUUAAAAGUAUCAAGUUGAUGAUCCUACUUUCUCAAAUACUAAAGUCAAAUAUCCAAAUAAAAUAAAAUAAAUCCAAAGAAAAAAUUUAUUACUCUCCGUCUGUCCCAAAACGAAUGUCAUCUUUUUAUAAUCACAAACAACCAUAACUCUCAAAAGCCUUGUUUCUUCCUUAAGCUUUGCGUCGAGUCAAAAAAUGUCAUUUAAAUUAGAACGAAGGGAGUAUUAUCUUGUCUUAUUACAGUUGACUGAGUCUUUAAUCUUGACUAUUGGCAAUUGCUUCUUUCAAACUAACUACCUAAUCAAAAACAAAAAUGAAAUACAUUGAUAUAAGAAAUUUUAGUAGAUAAUAGUUGUUUUACAUGAAAAAACAAAUUUUAUUUUUUGUGACUGAUUCAGAUCAUCCCUUAAGAUGUCUUGUUGAAUUUUGAAGAACUACCAUAUAACAUUCUCCUACCAAAUGUAUUUUUACAUCCCACAGCUUCGACAGAUCGCUUAGCCCUUGACUAAUUAAGAGUGUUCGAUCAGUGAGCUAUUACAUAUUGUGGAGAUGGACAUGUCUGGAAGUAUAGAUUCAGAUAUCACAUCAGUCAAUGGAGAAAGGGACAGAGUUGGCAUACUUGUUGAAACUUUAUUGAAAGGUAUUUCAGAGUUCACAAAAUCAGUGGUUUCGAUAGAUGUCGAGAAAGAGAAUUUCACUGAGAUCGGAAGCUACUUAUACCGCGUUUCUGCAGUCAUAAUGGAGUUGCAAAUAGGAAGAAAUGCAACGUCAAAUAUAAUAGAGAAAUUACAGCCUAUGUUUGAAAAUGUGCAUUUAGCUAAUGAGCUUAUCAAGAAAUGCCAAAACUAUAGGCAAAAUAAUCAGUUGGUUGAAGCAAGCGCAAGUGUUGUCGUAGAACAACUUCAUGUUGUGAAUAGACAUAUCGCGGAAGGGCUGAGUCGCAUACCAUCUUCUCUUUACGGGGAACAAGAAUGUGCAGAAAUCGCGGUCAAGUCUCUCUUGAAAGAUAGAAAAGAUAUGGUUUCCGAGCAGACAGAGUUAGAAGUUCAUGAGUUAAUGUCAAGGGAGUUAUUGACAAAUGAAACAGAAACGGAAACAGAUCUUUACUCCAUCAAUCUUGAAAUUUCAAUGGAGAAUCUUCGACUAGCUGAUUCAACAAAUCUUUAUAUAAGUGACAAUUCAAGAAGCAGUAUCAGCGGAGGCUUACAUUUUCAGAGUCGUGGAAAUUGGAGGAGCGCUGGUUCCUUAUCAAAUCUGCCACGGAUGUCUGAGUCUGAAUACAUGGAACCUCUAUACGAAACUUUCUUUUGUCCUUUAACAAAGAAGAUUAUGGAGGAUCCUGUCACAAUAGAAAGUGGAGUAACGUAUGAGAGGGGCGCGAUUUCAGAAUGGAUUAACAAGUCUGAUAACCGCGAAGAAAUAUUUUGUCCAAAGUCAGGCCAGAAGCUAAAGAACAGAAAUCUGAGCACUAAUGUGGCAUUGAAAGCAACGAUAGACGAAUGGAGAGAAAGAAAUGAAGCAGCAAGGAUCAAGGCUGCGAGGGCGUCAUUGUCUUCAGAUACUACACAGGAUAUAAUACUCAAGGCAAUCGAAGAUUUGCACAGCAUCUGCCUCAGAAAACCGUACAAUAAGGUACAGGUUCGUAGCAUUGGUGUAAUACCAUUGCUUGGAAAUUUACUGGAUAACCGAAACAGAACUAUAAGAUGUGCAACGUUGGAAUUGUUGCAAUAUUUGGCUGAAGAUGAUGACGAGGAAGUAAUUGCUCAAACUAUCGAUAUUUCUACUGUCACGAGGAUGCUGUCAAGUAAUCACGGACCUCUUAGGCAUGCAGCAUUACGACUUCUACUUGAGCUAUCGAAAUCCCACUUUCUAUGUUAUAAUAUUGGGGCAGUUCCUGGAGCCAUCCUCAUGCUGAUCACAGCCAAAUAUAGACAUACCGAUGAUGCAUUUGUUGCAGAUAAAGCGGAUGAAGUAUUGAAAAGCUUGGAGAAAUAUCCUUGCAAUAUCAAACACAUGACUGAAAAUGGAUAUGUGGAGCCACUUUUAAAUCAUCUUCUUGAAGGCACUGAAGAGAUGAAAAUGGAGAUGGCACGAUACCUCGGAGAGAUCAUGCUUGGACCUGGCAGCAUAAAUUAUGUUGCUAAGAGAGCUUCUCCGAUUUUGAUUGAAAUGGUAAAGAGUGGAAAUUGUUUGAGCAGGACUGCUGCCUUUGUAGCUCUACAACAAAUUUCUUCUCACCAUCCAAAUGCUAACAUACUUGUGGAAGCUGGUCUUGUCCAAAUCAUGAUUGAAGAGAUUUUUGCACGAACGAUGAUUCACGAUGAGCCAUUGAACUCGAAGAAAGAAGCAGCUGGUAUACUUGCAAAUGUCCUCGAGUCAGGAUUAGAGAUGGAGAAUCUUCAAGUGAACGGGCGUGGCCACACAUUGGCUUCGGACUACAUGAUAUUCAACUUCAUUCAGAGGAUCAAGAAUUCGAACUCUGAAGAAAUGAAUUUUCAUCUUGUCAGAAUCUUGAUAUGCCUGAUGAAGUAUCCCAAAGCAUCUUCUACCAUUAUCUCUGUGAUCAAAGAGACGGAUGCUAGCUACAAUCUGAUCGAGCUCAUCAAUAACCCCGAUGAAGAACUCAGCAUUGCAGCACUUAAGCUUCUUAUCACCCUCUCUCCUUUCAUGGGGCACACAAUUUCAGACAGAUUGUGCAAAACAAAAGGACAGCCCGAGAGCCUGAUUCACGUUCCAUCUGAAAGUCUUCGAAUCACAGAGAAGCAAACGGUUUCCGUGACUCUUCUGGCAAAACUUCCCCACCAAAACGUGACACUCAACCUAGCCUUGGUCAAUAAGAACACAGUCCCUACAAUCAUAGAACAAAUCAACAAUAUCCAGGCCAGUGGAACAAGAACAAGCAGGUACACAAGUGCAUAUUUUGAUGGUCUAGUAGGAACUCUUGUCAGAUUGACAACAACACUAUACGAUCAUCACAUUUUACACGUUGUAAGAACGUUCAACUUCACGUACAUAUUCACAGAGUUACUCGUGAAAACAUCAAGCGAUGAAGUCCAAAAGCUAUCUGCGAUUGGGCUAGGGAACUUAUCAAAGCAGUCAGUCAAUCUAUCAAAACCACCACCAAUCAAGAACAACAAGUACAUAAAAUCUUUUCUACUAAGAAGAUGUAUGUCUCUCCACUCAAAAUCAGGAAAAGUACCAUUAUGUUCAGUUCACCGAGGCGUUUGUUCUGCUGAAGACAGCUUCUGCUUAAUCGACGCCAAGGCAGUUGAAAGGCUGCUAUCCUGCUUGCAUCAUGACAAUGUGGAGGUAGUUGAAGCAGCAUUAUCAGCUAUAUCGACAUUACUAGACGAUAAAGUUGAUAUGGACAAGAGUGUUAAGUUACUGAUAGAAAUGCAAACCAUUCAACAUGUAUUGAAUGUGGUGAAGGAACACAGAGAAAAUGUCCUGUGGCACAAAGCAUUUUGGCUGAUUGAGAAGUUCCUUUCAAAAGGUGGGGACAAAUCUGUUUCAGAUAUAUCACAGGACAGGUUGUUUCCAGCUACUGUAGUCAGUGCAUUUCAACAUGGAGAUGUUUGCACAAGGGAAAUGGCUGAGAAAAUCUUGAUGCAUUUGAACAAAAUGCCACAUUUUGCGAACACUGCCAGUUUUACUACAUAAAAAUGUUACCUUGUAAUAUAUAUAGAGAGAGAGAUCUUAAAUUGAACAGACACGUGUGUUCGUGCUGAAUAGUCAUGUUCCUUAAGUUGUAUAAAUAUAAAGGCUCUCUUGAAGUAGCGUAUGAAAAA